GUUAGUUUUGAUAUCGAAAAAUUUUAUUUUCUGGUGUACUUUGAGUAUUAAGUUACGUGUGGAUGCUGACCGUGUUGUAAUUCAUGUAUUGCUUCUUCCAAUACAAAAUGGUUAGGAUGAGGUGCUGUGUCUGUGGAUGGACCAAUCGGAAGGAUUCGCCCCCUUGGCAUGCGGGAACGCCAUUUCACAGGUUUCCCACUAGUCGGAGGCGAGCAGAAGUUUGGGUUCGAGCUUUAAAUAAUUCUAAACUGGUUGUUGAAGAAGCAUAUAAGUAUAGCAAGGACAUGGUUGUCUGCCAGCGUCAUUUUGAAACUUCCCAGUAUAAUACUCCUGAAAGGUUGCGCCUCAAUCGGAAUGCUGUACCCACACUGUUUUUAGCAUCGUCUGAUAGUACUGAAGAUGUGGUUACAGAGUCACAAAUCCAGAAAGUUAUAUCGUUGGAAAGGUACAAUACUACCCAGAAGUUUACACAGCCAAGUGAACAAGAUGAAGAGUCAAGAGGAACUGAUGUUAGCGAAGAGACAGGUACCCAGGAGGACACCGGAAGUCAGCUUUUGACCAGUGUGGACAGUGAGUUGCAUAGCUGUGAAUAUAGCAAUGAAGGAGAAUUACAGCAACAGCAGAAGGCUCAGGAAUGUGGGGGAAUGUCAGUACAGGAAGACAUUAAAUCGGGAGAAGAUGUUUUGACAGAAACUGAUUCAUUUGAACACCGCAGUUCAAAUGGGAUUGAAAUUGAUCUUCAGAAUGUCUGUAGAGAACCAGAGACACAUGUUGGUGGCACUGCAGUGAAUGAGAGAGAUAGAACUGAAACUUGUGACAUCACAUCUGAUCAUGGGGACACUGAUGAAUGCAGAGAUGUAAAGUUUAUUCCAAACGAGCCCUGUACAGUAGCAGUAGAUUCAUGGGAAAACCUACCAAAUCAACUGUGCCGACUCUGUGCGUCUACAGAUGAACAUCCAAAGCAGUCAAUUGUUGGCUGGCUGGGUAUGCUAAAUGAAAUAAUUCCAGAUUUGGUUGCCUUGGAUGAUGGACUUCCGCAACAUAUAUGCCGGCCUUGUACAAACAAGCUAUAUACUUGUACUAAAAUAAAAGUAGAUUUUGUUGAAGCAUAUAACAAGCUCCAAGAAAGCUGUGGAUUUGCAAGGUCACCAGGAAUUCAGUUCACAGAUAUUCCAUUGGCCAUGUCUGAUUACCCUGAAGAGCAUUUUCUACCUGAGACUGAAGAGCAGUUAGUUUCUGAGACUGAAGAGCAGAUAGUGCCUGAUGCUGAAGAACAGUUAGUGUUUGAAGAUGGAAUACAGUUAGUGUCUGAGGUCCCUUCUGAAGGCCUUUGUAGAGUUACACUGAGCUCUAAAGAUGAUUUUCUUGAAGGCAAGCAGAUGACCUUAAAUACUGGAGGUGAUUUGUCAUUAAAUCUUGAAGAAUAUGCUAUUUCAGCCACUCGUGGUGAGGCAGUCCUUCAAGGAAGUUUUCCACAAGGUGAAUCAGAGAGUUUUGUUGACACCUCAGGUGCAUGUGACAUAAAGGAACGGAAGGUAGGAAAGUAUAAGUAUGUAUGUGGUGAGUGUGAGGAAAUGUUCACAACAAAGGGAGCUCUAAAUGCCCAUAGACUUACCCAUCCUAAAGUUUUUGAAUGUGAAUGUUGUAGGAAAAAGUGUAGAUCUGCAGCGCAGUUAGAUGACCACAAACGUAUUCACACCAAGGAGUUACCAUUCAUGUGUGAGGUGUGUGGAAAAUGUUUCCGAACCACAAUGCAGUUACACAGCCAUAAAUAUGUUCAUAAACCACGGAUUUAUGCUUGUGAAAUAUGUAAUAAGAAAUGUAGUGGUAGGUUUAUCUUAAGACAGCACAAGAAGGUGCAUUUUACAGACACAAAGCUGAUAUGUGAGGUGUGUGGAAAGAUACUGUAUACUCCCUUUAGCCUUCAGAUUCACUUGCGAACUCAUACUGGUGAAAAACCUUUUCAGUGUGAUGUGUGCGGGAAAUGUUUUAUUUCUGCUGGAAAAUUGAAGCAUCAUAGGGUUAUUCACGCAGAUCAAAAGUUCCAAUGCAUUACAUGUGGUAAGGUAUUCAAUUUCAAACAGUCAUUAGUAGAACAUGAAGAAUGUCACUCUAAGCUGCAAUAUUACAGGUGUGUGAUCUGUUUUAGAGCGUAUUCUAAUAUACGAAACAUGAGAAGCCAUCGUAGGAUAUAUUGUAAACAGCCUAUUUGUAUUGUUUGCAAUGAGACUUUUCUGACUGAUGAGAUGGUUAGAGAACAUCGAUCAAAGGAACACACUCAAGGAGAAAUUACAUUGGCAGCAAAAAUAUAUAGUCGACAGCAGCGUUGUAAAUGUCCACUUUGUGCCCAGGGUGUAACUGGAAUAAAUAACAUGGUGAAGCACAUGAAGGAGUGUCACAGUGGUUACAAUUAUGAACCAUUUGGUUGUGAACAAUGUUCUGAAACAUUUUCUACUGUCAGUGCCUUGCAUAUACAUACAAGAUGUCAUAGUGAAAACCGGUUAUUUAAUUGCCUGACUUGUGGUAAGGGAUUUAAGGCGAAGAAAACACUCAAGUGGCAUAAUUUGUCAUUCCAUAAAAAUCAGAGGACUGUCUGACUUGAUUGCGCAUAAGAGGAAAAACUUGGGAAGACCAUUCUUUUACCCAGUGUGUAUUCAGAAAUUUUUCACAAGAAGUGACAUGUUAAGACAGAAACAUUCCCAAAGUAAUUAAAAUAUAGCAUCAAAAUAAGUGGUCGAGGGAACCAUAUUUGUGAGUGAAACUGUAUGUCAUUCCCAAGACUUGUCAUCACAAGUAAUGCUAAUUGCAGUCAGGAGUUAGUAUACAAAACAAGUUAUCUCAUACACAUGGAGACAACUUAUUCUGUUUACUUGUAUUCAUAGAAAUCCAGGAAUCCAUUACAUAUUUUUGAUGGAAUACCAUUUUUAUGCCUGUAAUGACCUUGUGUAUAUGGACAAAAUUAAGGAUUAAAGAGACUGAGUUUUUCAGGCA